AUGUCUUGCCGCGUAGGCCAGAGCGACUGGAUCUUCACCGAUUCCCCGGCGUGCUAUGUCACGCCGAACUUGCGUCUGCGCCAGUGCAUUUGCCCGCUGACAACGUGUACUCCCACUGCGACAGGAUACGCGUGCUAUCUGACAUCGUCCGUUAUGAUUCUCUCAGGCCUGCUAGUCGUAGUCUGGAUCAUGGCUGCUUGCGCGUACGUGUACGUAUCGAACCGCGUUGGGGAGCUGGAGCUAGAAGCCCGUGCGGAGAAGGUGGUCUCUCUUAGUCGCAACUACUACUACCACAAACUCUUCGGCACCGGUAGCCCAAUGUUUUCGCCGAGUGUGUAUGUACCGGAUAAACGGCUGCACUCGGAGUAG